UUUAUAUUUCUUCACGUUAUCCUGGUCUGUAACUGUAACACUCUCAAGAUUUAUAUUUGACUCUUAUCAGGGUUCAGGGAGCAGGGACCACAAGAACUUUCUAGAACUUGUCCCUGCCAUCAUCUAAAGAUCUAUUCUACUGCUAGAUCCUUGUUAUCAUCAUCCAAGAUAUUUUCUCUGUGCCUGUGCUCUACCCUACUCAAGCAAAGUGACACCUGAUUUUUAAAAGUGCAUGUAUCAAAAAUAAUUUGAAAGAUUACAUUGGCUGUGAUUAUUUUCAUAAUAGUUCUGUUUGUGCCAUCCUAUUUGCUUGCUUCCCCCUUUUUCUUCGCGCCAGUGAAUUCGUGGUUCAGAGAUUUGUGUUACUUUCUCAUCAUUUGUCUGUGGAGUACAGAUCCUUCCAACCAAAAUGUCUACUCCAAUUGUAUCAAUGUUGAAUUCAGAGCAGCUGCUCACUUGCCCAUAUGAUCAAUCGCACAGGUUCCGUCGUUUCAAAAUGCUUAAUCACAUCCGGACUUGCCGUCUUCGAUACGAAAAUGAACACCCAGAGCUAGCAAUGAAAGCUUGUCUCUACAACUCUGCUCAUAUUGUCCCGGAUGUGGAGUGGGAAUAUCACAUGGAAGAAUGUGAAGAUCGAAUCAAAGGUGAUCUUAUGAGGUACCAAGUAGAGAGGAAUCCUGCUUUUGAGAAUAACACUGUAAUUCCUCUUAGUGAUAUUCCGGAUGUAGAAUGUGAUGAAGACUGGAAUCUGCCUCAGAAUCCUGUCUCAAUCAAUGCCAUAAUUCAAGAAAAAAUCAAGGAGGAAAAGGUCCUUAUUCCAUUGAUAGGAGCUCCAAAAGCAGAACGUAAGAAGUACUACAUGGAAGAACGCAGACGACACAAUACAUUAGAAGAUGCCAAGCCAUCCACCUCAAAUACCUCUGUCCCUGUCGACAAAAAUCAGCCCUUGAGGAAACCGAAAACUAUUUCUGAACUUUCAGCUGGGCCAUCAUGUGCACCUCCUUUCUCUCAGCAAGUUCCUCCAAAUCUAAAAUCAAAAGAGACAGAUGAACAGAGAAUUGACGUUAAUGCUCUCGAGGAAACUUCUGCUCUGGUGAAAGGAACAGUGAAGCCUUCACGAAUGUUUCCCAAAGGCCGUGGUCGAGCUCCCUGUAAUAAUGUUGCUGCUAGCUCCCAACCUGAGCCAAAAGUUGGCAGCAGUGUUCCAAGCAGCUGCAGAGCUGCUGAACCCAUUCCAAGUGUUUGUGAUGUGUCUCAAAAUAUGACUAACUUGAGCAUUGAUCCUAUUAGUUUUGGCAGCAUUGGUGGAGAUGGAUCUAUUAGUAAUCCUAUCCCUAACAAAGGCCGCGGACGCAAGUUUUUAAACCGAUCUGCGUAGGGAGCACGCUUAUUUUUUUCUCCAAUGGCAGUCGAUAAACUCUUAAUUCUCGUGUGUUCUUAUUGUUUGAACUUUUCUGGUUUCAGUUUUUAGAAGAGAAUAUUCUUGAGGUUAAAAGUGAAAUCGAAAGAUAAGAAUAAUGCUGCAGGAAAUUCUACAGAAUGUGAUUAUCAGCUCAAUUCCUUAUAUCAUUAUCAUCUGAGUUCCUAGGUUCUGAUCUUCUAACAGGAAGGCUAUCUUGCCUCACUUUUAACUUGAUAUUGAUAUUUUUUUUUUUUUUUUUUUUGUCACUCUGAAUUUAGCGGAUGAAAAAGUGUGAACUUGAAAGAAUGGAAAGGAACGUAUCUUGAUUGCAUCAUUUCAGUAUUUGUCACCAGCAUUUAAUGUUUCAUUGGAAAAGUGUCACAUGAAUUUGACUGUAAUUGCCAACAAUUAUUCUUAACUCUUGUGAGGAAAAACACCAACAUUUUUGGACAAAUUCUUACGACAGUUUUCCUAUGAAAAAAUAAAAUGAUAGAUCCACUGAAACAGCACAAAGGAUAUAAGUUCUUUCAUGUCAGAGACAAUUUUUUGUAAUGUGAGCUACACACAAGAGGCGGUAUCUGUAAAAAAAGUGAAUGUUUACAUCAACCAUUUUUGCAGAUAAUGGAAUUUUAAAAUCUCCGUACCUUAAAAAAUAUUCGCGCCAAUUUUCAAACUCUAAGCUCAAUUCUGUGGUGAAAAAUGAAUAAAUAAACACAUGUUUUAUCCCAAAACAUAGAUGUUGAAUUUUAGAAUUCCUUCCAAAAUCACCUUGUAUUAGGCAGCUCAUUUACAUGUGGUACCAUUCGACAUUGUGUACUCACUAACUCACUUGCUGUCUGUUUUUAGAUGAUUGACCUUUGCUGAAUUUUUUUUUCCACUAGGAAGACCAAUCAUUUUUCUUAUUAUUUUAGAGGACUGAUAAUUUCUCUCUAUCAUUUUAGAAGACUGAUAUUAGUUAUUUUUCAUAAUUUUAAAAGACUUUUGUUUGUUCCCUUUCUCUCAAGAAGUUACUGAAAGUCUUGUUUUUUCUUUAUGUAAAAUUAGUAAAACUCUAAUUAGUGCUCAUCUCUUGGGUGCAAUAUUUGUGCCUUUCAAAAGUUAACUCUAAAUUGCUUAAAAAAAUUUGCCUGUAAAUUCGACAGUCGUAACAUUUUCUAAAAAUGUCUGUAACGCAUUCACUUUUAACUUUAACGAAAAUGUCUAAAAAGUAUGUUUAACCCAAGAGUUUGCUCCUUAGAAGAAAUCCAAGCAGAAUAUUUUUGGUUUAAAUGGUUUCUAAACGUAGAGCUUUGAAAACUUAAAUUGCAAUUUUCUCAAAAUACCCAAACCACACAUCCGCUAUUUAUACAUUUAGCGCCUUUUAUGAUAAUCUCUGUGCAAUUUAUCCUUUGCUUUGAGGUUUGACUUGUUAAAUUGAGUGUCAGAAAGCUUGAAAUUAGGAACUACUGUUUCUGGCUAACUCACAGGAGCACCAAUCUUCCUAGAAAAACUGAUGGCCCUUACAUUGUUUGUGAAUUGAACGAGGAACAGUAGUUUCCAAUUGCUAAGUGUAGUCCAUAUAUAAACUAAAAAAGUUGCCUAAAUUGCACCGGUUAGUCGAGCGUGUUGGUUCUUCAUUGAUUUUUCCGAAGAUCCCCUUCGUCAACUACAAGAGAGAAAUAAUGAAAUCAGUACAUAUCCAUACAUUAGAUGGCGAUUUCUAAUAUUGCUCAUUACCUAUAAGACGUUUAUUUUUUAUCUGCAUGUCCUAAAAACAUCAAUGCACUUCCAAGAAAGGAAGAGAAAAGCAAUCGAUCAGUUUUCUCAUCCAAAUUGUAACACAAUGUGUUGCUGAUUUCUCAUUCUUUUGUUAGAAAUUAGAAUUUCCAUCAGCAUUGCCUUUUAUGUCACCAUUGUGAUUAGAGUUCAAACUUUUUCAGGAAAGUGCAGGGAAUCUUACGCAUUUCUAGGUUAUUUUUAGUGAAUUUAGAAAUUCACUAAGUGGACUGACGAAUUUUUUGGAGUUUAGUAGUUUCUUUUUCUUUAAGUCCUUUUGUUCCUCAGGUAUGCUUUUGAACCAGUUGACUUCUAUUAGUGAGGUUUGUGAAAAAACUACCUUUAAGUAGUUGAAUUAUAAAAACCUCCAGCAGUUAUUUUUAUAUUUUAUUUUCAUUACUGUAAAUCUAAAUGUUUUAAUACAUUAUUUUUCAUCACAAUCGA